UUUUCUUUCCCUUUUCUUUCCCUUUUCUUUCCCCUUUCCUUUCUUUUUUCUUUUCUUUUCUUUUAAAGUAUGCCUGCUGUUUCACUGACAAAUGACAAUAGGUUUUGCUCUAUGAAGUGUUACCAGCAAGAGAACAAAACUGCUUUUAUUUAAAAAGAAACAAAAACUACAUGCUAAAUCUUUGGUGUAAAAGGUAAAAAGAGGUGGAUGUCUGAUUAGGGGUUGUAACUUCAAGGUACCUUAGGCUUUCUUUAUGUGCAUCACAUUAGUGGAAAAUUCCUUUGUUCAUUUUAGAAGAUAAACAGUUGUAAAUUUCACGUUUGGUUGAUGUAACAUCAAUGACUGGCUGGGACUGCCAGCAUUCCAAAAGGGAUAUCAUCCUAAUCUGCAGCCACUCAGGGCCAUGGGGCGGAGCCUGCAGUCCAAGCCAAAACACUUACAGGUGCAUAAGUAAGUAGGGAAGGGCACAGGUGAUGCACCUGUCUCAGGAAAGGAGCACUAGCACAGGUGUGUCAUAACUUAUCAGCUGCCUGUGUUAGAGCAUGAGCUCCUUUGAUCCACAAACGCACUCUCCACCACGCUGCAGCCCACAAUUUCCAAAUAUUGGUCAAGAGCCUCCAGAAAUGAAUAUCUACUAUGAGAACUUCUUCCAUCCACAGAAUAUUCCCAGUCCGCAGCGACCGAGCACCUUUGAGGCAACGGACUACAACAGCACACCCAAUCCUUACCUCUGGCUAAACGGACCUUCCAUUACUCCACCACCGUAUCUCCCGGGAUCCAAUGCCAGUCCCUUCAUUCCUCAGUCUUAUGGGAUGCAAAGGCAGCUCCUGCCUAACAUGCACGGCUUGGGAGGAACUGAUCUUGGCUGGCUUCCUCUUCCAUCCCAAGAAGAGCUUAUGAAGUUGGUUAGACCACCUUACUCCUACUCUGCACUUAUUGCCAUGGCUAUCCAUGGAGCACCAGAAAAGAGGUUGACUCUCAGUCAGAUCUACCAGUACGUGGCUGACAACUUCCCAUUUUACAACAAAAGCAAAGCUGGCUGGCAGAACUCAAUUCGGCACAACUUGUCUCUCAACGAUUGCUUCAAGAAGGUGCCUAGAGAUGAAGAUGAUCCAGGAAAAGGGAAUUACUGGACUCUGGACCCAAACUGUGAGAAGAUGUUUGACAAUGGCAACUUUCGCAGGAAGAGGAAAAGGAAAUCAGAUAUUGGGGCUAGUUCUGCCCAUCUUACAUCUGAGAAAUCCGAGGACAGUGCCUUGACUGGCAGCCCCAAAGCUGUAGAGCAUCAGGAUCUUUUGGAAAACUCAUCAUCUGGGACUGACAAUCCACCCGAUAAAGGAUCUCCGCCUCCAUCUUCCAGCAGUCCGUGCCUUAGUAAUUUCAUUUCCAGUAUGACUGCAUACGUUAACGGCUCUAAUUCAGUGGGCCGCUCAGUGCCAUUGGGACUCAAUGCUGAACCCACUGACAAAAUGGGACAGAAUAUGGUAGGCUUAAAUUCCUACUCUCCACUCUCUAAUGUCCCCAGUCAUGGUGUGGGAGAGUGGUCCAAUUCUAUGCCUCCCAGUCACCUCGGCUAUAGCAACUCAGUGCUCAACCAGUUUAACAGCCAUUUUUACAGCAGUAUCAGCACAAAUAACACUCUGUUUUCCAGGGAGGGGACGGAGGUUUAAAUAAGAGAUCUUAAGACAUCAAAAUAUAGCUAUUUAUGAGAGGGAGUGACCGGUGGGUGGAUGAUUACUCUUAGUCUGUUAUCUCUAGGACCUGCAUUGUGUCCUACCUUCUGACAGCCCCAAACGUUUUAGCUGUUACCCUUACUCAAGUCACAAGCACUCCACAUUUGGCAGCUCCAUAUAAACAUGGAGGGAUUUUAACAGCAAGAAUAGUGAAGAGGUCUGCUGGAGGUUGUGUCUGUACUGCUGCCAACCAUGGCCCCUAUGGAGAUCCUUGAGAGGAAUUACUGUUCACCUUAGGAAUGUAACCUUCUGGCAAGGUACUAACUUUGCCAUGAUGCUUUUAAAGCACUAAUAUGUAUUUGGCUACAUCUGUAAAUUACCUCUCUUGCUUAUACAGGCUGUCUGUACUAGAGAUUCUUGGUAUGUUCUUAUUUGGACAAAGCUAUUCCGAGACACUGAAGGAUCUACAGCAAAAACAACUACAUAGUGAGUAAUAACUAGCAGGGAUGAGUGAAUGCCCUCUUUAAAUUUCUCUAACACUAGAGCAUACGUUGCCUCAACUCUGAUGCUGUUUCACCCCUAAGGGGAAUGUGGUUGUGAAGCAGGCUAGCAUAAUCAAGGACACAACAUUCAUUUUGAAACUGAAACAAAGCAUAACAAAACAUGGAGUUGCCUUCUGCUGGUGCAAUCGGAUCUUUGUGUUUCAAAUUCUGAGUACAGGGUCAAAUUUUGUGGAAAACGUCUCUGUACUACGUAUUUCCUUUCUUUUUGUAACAAAGUCCAUGCAAUUGUUUUGUCAUUGUGUAAAUACUAGGAAUAAUUCUUAUUUUUUUAUAUUCUACUGUAACCACAAACAAAAAUUAAAAUAAAUGAAGUUUUUUCAAACCAAUAAUUGAAUCAAGUUUCAUACUUAUGUAAAAUAAUACCUCAGACUGUAGAGCCUGCAACAUAUGCAAGCACCACGUUUUACUGGUAUUUACUUUUACACUGCUGUGCACUGAUCAGACUUCCAGAAUGAUGGAAAACAUAUUAAUGCACUGUAAUAGCUACUGCUUUGUCUUGAUUUCUUUUUUUUUUUUUAACUCUGGAUGGAUACAGUUUUGU